AUGAAAGAGCAGUUCUAGAGCAGGUCGCGUUCGCACACCAACCGUGUAUAUUAGCCGUCUUCAGACCCGGAUAAACAUUAAAUCGUAAACCCACAAAUAAACAUAACAACUAUGGAUCGUUGGCUAAAUCGCGUUGCUGUUGUCACGGGUGCCAGCUCGGGAAUCGGAGCUGCCUGCUGCAAGGAUUUGGUGGCCAAGGGCCUGGUCGUCGUGGGUCUGGCCCGUCGCGAGGAGCGCCUGAGUGAGCUGAAGGACUCACUGCCGGCGGAUCAGGCCAGUCGCUUCCAUGUCCGCAAGUGCGAUGUGAGUAAGGAGCAAGAGGUGAUCGACACCUUCGCCUGGAUCGAUGCCACCCUGGGUGGCGCCGAUGUCCUGGUCAAUAAUGCCGGCAUCGUACGCGCCGGAGUCGGCAUCACCAAGGAGGGCAAUGGCGACGAUCUGCGUGCCAUCCUGGACACCAAUGUCCUGGGCGUGUCAUGGUGCACACGCGAGGCCUUCAAGUCUCUGCAGAAGCGCAAUGUCAACGACGGACAUGUGGUGAUCGUGAACAGUGUGGCCGGUCAUCGGGUGCCCAAUAUUCCCGGCUUCACCAUGGGCAUGUACUCGCCCUCCAAGCACGCUAUCACUGGACUCACAGAGGUCCUCCGCCAGGAGUUCCACAACAGCAAGACCCAGACCAAGAUCACGAGCAUCAGUCCCGGCGCUGUGGACACUGAGAUUAUCGAUAAGGCCGCCCUCGUCCACUUCCCCGACCUGCCCCUGCUGCGCUCCGAGGAUGUGGCCGAUGCCGUCAGCUACUGCAUCCAGACCCCGCCCAAUGUCCAGAUUCACGAGCUGAUCAUCAAGCCCGUGGGCGAGACCAUCUAGGCGUCCGGUUCCUGACCGUAUAUGUAGUCUUAGGUACACCUUCAUAAUUAUAUACAUUUGAUCUAAUAA